AACAGCAGACGAACUACAUUACAUUACUGUGAAUGCAGUCUCCACGAACUCGCUACCAUUGCCUUUAAAUGCCAUUCACGCUAGAACGCAGAUAUUCCACGCUACGGAAUUAAUCGAGAUCCUAUCUGCCAUUUAUGACAAAAGUCCACAUUGUUCCACCUUCUGAGCCCCGUUGUCUUCCGUCAUUUGGCACAACUCAGUCUGGACUGUCAGUUGGUGGAUUAGCAUCACAUGGGAAUGACACCACCUGUCAGAAGACGAGGCCUGAACCCAAGACCAGAGAGGAGUUCGUGGAAUAUUCCUAUCAGCUCACAUUGGAUCCCAACACAGCACAUAAAGAGCUGCGUCUGUCUGAGGGGAACAGAAAGGUGACAUGGAGUGACAACGACCAGCUUUAUCCUGACCAUCCAGACAGAUUUACCACACGCCCCCAGGUGUUGUGUAGAGAGGGUCUGUCUGGGGCCUGCUACUGGGAGGUAGAAUGGACCGGGGUGGAGGUUUGUAUAGCUGUCUCAUAUAAAGGGAUCAGCAGGAGAGCACAUAAUGAGUGGUUAAGAAGCAGUAAUAAGUCCUGGUGUUUGGAGUGUGGUGCCUCUAGCUGCUACUUCUAUCACAAUGAUAAACAGACUGACAUACCAGUCCCCCGCUCCACCAGAGUAGUAGGAAUGUACUUGGAUCACAAGGCAGGAACUCUGUCCUUCUACAGUGUCUUUGACGCAAUGACCCUCCUCCACAGAGUCCAGACCAAUUUCACUGAACCCCUUUAUCCUGGGUUCUAUGUCACUACGUCUCUCAAGAUAGUGACACCGACUCAGUGAUGAGUUACAGUUAGUUACAGUGAUACAUUUAGAAUAAAGACAAGCAAAAGGGUCAGAAUAGUGAGCGGAAAGAUCCAUAUUAUAAGAUUAAGAAGUAUUAUGAAGUUUAAAUAAAUGUGCACAUAAAUUACCGUGAUUCUAUUGCCUUAGUGCAUUUUUCUAAAAUGGGUUUUGUAUAAAACUCCCACUUACACAGUCAGCAUGAGCCCUCUACCAGAGAGGAACAGAGGCAGGUACGGUAUGUAAUAUAAAUACCUUGUCUUUAUACUGUGGCGUGUAUUCACGGACGGCAAGGGUAGCCAGGCUUCCCCAUAUAUUUAAAAAAAAAUGUCUCAUUCAUCUCUCUCAGUGUGUUUAUCAUUUUCCAUCAAUUCGCAAGGGGCUGAAUCUCACCGAAGAAAUCAUUUGAGCGAGGGAAACAGUGCCCCUCUGUCUCAGUAUGUGUAGCCCAAAAUAGUAUAACAUGUUGCCGCCGUAGCAUUUGAUUGAUCGAUGCCAGCAAGCAUUUGGACUUCCUUGAUUAAAAUAUUAUAAAAUAAUUAGCCAAUCAGCAUUGAAAUGUGCUGAACUCUGGGUUGUCCUGGUGCAGUAAAACGCCCCCCAAGGGAGGGUAGUUUGGAUUUGGCUUCACACCAUUUAAAUCACCUCCCUAUGCUAAAUGUAAUUUUCACGAAAACGUGUCUGUUUCUGGUCUGCUUGUGUUGAUGUCUUGCAGUAGCUAGCUUGCUAAAUCGUCCUUUUCCUAAGCCGUGGGAUGGAGAUGGGGACUUGGAAUUGUGGUUUUGGCUUAAUUCUCUGUACAGGUCAAUGAUUAUGAUCUAACCAAAAAUGAAAAGGUUGUGUCACCGGCCUUUUUUAGCUCGGUAGCCUCUGGCAACAAAAACAAAGAGUGUACUGUACGACAGAGUCAUAGACUGUUUUGCCAACAUGAAAGAUAGGAGGAUGGUAUUGGCGUUCAACUAGUCUACAAGAAGUGUGAACACGCAGACAUAUACACACACACACAAAUCCGUACCAUGGACAGCCGCACAACAUUUAUUGGACUAAAUUGUUUCUGAUAUCAUUAAGUUUGUUUUCAGUGUAUUAAACUAAGCAUAAAUAGCCUUAUUGAUUUGAUGAUGUUUACAUUUUUUAAUUGAAAUGGUGCUGGAAUAGCAGAGGCGGUGCUCCUGUUGUGUUUGUGCUGACUUGUGGUAACUCCGUGAUUCUAAAUCAGUAGUUGUUUAGUAAACUGUUGAAAACAUUAACUUGCUUGACCGUACUGCAGGUGAUAUAACUAUUUGUUACAGCUUUGUGGGCUUCACCGGCACAGCCAGAAGAGGACUGGCCACACCUCAUUGCCUGGUUCCUCUCAAGGUUUCUUCCUAGGUUUUGGCCUUUCUAGGGAGUUUUUCCUAGCCACUGUGCUUCUACACCUGCAUUGCUUGCUGUUUGGGGUUUUAGGCUGGGUUUCUGUACAGCACUUUGAUAUAUCAGCUGAUGUAAGAAGGGCUAUAUAAAUACAUUUGAUUUGAUUUGAUGCUCUUCGGUUUUGUAAUGAAACAAAUGUAUGUG